AUGACGGGCAAAAGGGUAGUAGUCACCGGUGCAUCUGGCUUGCUCGGCAGGGCCGUCGUCAAGCGCUUUGAGGCGAAGGGUGAUAAAGCUGAACAUACUGUCAUCCGCCUGGCGUUCAGUCGCGCGAAUGAAGGGUAUACCAAGCUUGAUUUGAUGGAUGAAGGCGCGGUGGAAGCGUUCUUCAGUGAGAACAAGGUCGAUGCUGUUAUACACUGCGCGGCAGAAAGGCGACCAGACGUGGCAGAAGCGGAUCCCGAGAAGGCUGCUCGUAUCAAUGCAGCUGUUCCGGCCCACCUAGCCAAGCUCUCACAGCAACAUGGCUUCCUUUUGAUCUACAUCUCGACCGACUACGUAUUCAACGGCCGAAGUCCGCCGUACGAAGUCGAUGACAAGCCCGAUCCUCUGCAAAUGUACGGCCGACAGAAGCUCGCAGGGGAGCAAGAGGUCCUGAAAGCUCGUGAGGCGGGGGCAAACGUCGCUGUCCUGCGCGUUCCUAUCUUGUACGGGCAAGUGACGUAUAACGCUGAGAGCGCCGUCAACAUCUUGCAAGAUGUUAUGUCCAGCUCUCAGCUUCCUGUCUAUGGAUCAGCGGAAGACAAGCUGACGUGUUUAGUCGUGGAGGACCAGUCUGGCAAAGAGUACAAGAUGGACGCCUAUCAGGUUCGCUUCCCUACGAACGUCUCGGACGUCGGACGCGUCCUCGUCCAUCUUACGCACCUUGACAAAGCCCUCCCGCCCAUCCUCCAUUACGCCUCCCCCGCCCCGUCAUUGACCAAGUACGACAUGACCACCAUCAUCGCCUCUGCGCUCAGUUUACCCAUCAAGCACGUCAUUCCCGAUCGCAACAAGCCCGAGUCAAAGCCAGGACAGACCGAGCGACCGGAGAACACGCAAUUGAGCACAAAGGCGUUACAGGAUCUAGGAGUAGAUGUGAGCGAGGAGCAGGAGUUCGAGGAGUGGUGGAAGGCGAAUGCGGAGCUUCAUCUCGAGUGGCGCUCGGAUGCGCUCGAGAGGCUCAACUAG